AUGUCGGCCUCAGGAUCCGGUGCGCCUCUAAAAAAGGCGUAUCCUCACGUUGACCUCGAGGGCCACAAUCUCCCUCCUUCGCCGGCUCCCUCCAGUCCGCAUGCCGGUAGACGCUAUAACAUUGCCACGGAGUUAGUCUACACCGAGAGCAAUGACCAGUACAACGCCAGCAGCGUUCCCAUCUACCAGAGCGCCACCUUCAAGCAAACGUCCGGCGAUGGCGGUGGUGAAUAUGACUACACCCGCUCCGGAAACCCCACGAGAACGCACUUGGAACGACACCUGGCCAAGGUCAUGUCGGCCCAGCGGGCUCUCGUCGUCUCCUCCGGUAUGGCUGCGUUGGAUGUGAUCACCCGACUCCUACGUCCCGGCGACGAGGUGGUGACCGGCGACGAUCUCUACGGCGGCACGAACCGUCUUCUCAAGUACCUGGCCACGAACGGCGGCAUCGUCGUGCACCACGUCGACACCACGCGGCCGGAGAAGGUGCGCGAGGUCCUAAGCGAGAAGACUACUAUGGUCCUACUGGAGACGCCGACCAACCCGCUCAUCAAGGUGGUCGACAUCCCCCAGAUCGCCGCGGCGGCCCACGAGGCCAACCCCGCCUCCCUGGUCGUGGCGGAUAACACCAUGAUGUCGUUCCUUCUCAACCCCCUGGAGUUGGGCGCCGAUAUCGUGUACGAGAGCGGAACCAAAUACCUGUCGGGCCACCACGACCUGAUGGCGGGCGUGAUUGCCGUCAACGACCAGAAGCUGGGCGAGCGACUGUACUUCCCCAUCAAUGCGUCCGGCUGCGGACUGUCGCCCUUCGAUUCGUGGCUGUUGAUGCGCGGCGUGAAGACCCUAAAGGUGCGCAUGGACCAGCAGCAGUCCAACGCGCAACGUAUCGCCGAGUUCCUCGAGUCACACGGCUUCAAGGUGCGCUACCCGGGUCUGCGGUCGCACCCGCAGUACGACCUGCACCACUCUAUGGCGCGCGGGUCCGGGGCUGUUCUCUCGUUCGAGACGGGCGACGUAGCCGUGAGCGAGCGGAUCGUCGAGAGCGCCAAACUCUGGGCGAUUAGCGUCAGUUUCGGAUGUGUGAACAGCUUGAUCAGUAUGCCCUGUCGCAUGAGUCAUGCCAGCAUCGACGCGAAGACGCGGGCGGAGCGCGCGAUGCCGGAAGAUCUCAUCCGACUCUGCGUGGGCAUUGAGGACGCUGAUGAUUUGAUUGAUGAUUUGCAACGAGCCUUGGUGCAAGCUGGGGCCGUCAACGUGACGCUGGAUGAUUUCCAGGCGAACACGAGUGCUUGA